AUGUCUGUCAAUCUUUUGGUGGACCGAUCGGCCAACUCAUUGGCUCCGCUCAAUGACGUUGGCCUGGAAAUCCUGUCGCGGUUGGAAACAGAAGAGUCCAAAUCCCCAAACUCGCUUCUUAUCCAGGAACUGUUCAGUGAAACAUAUACAUUGCUGAAACCCUUACAAGACAAGAACAGGUCUGCUAGGUCAAACAAACAGAUUCUUGCCAAAUUGACCAAGAUCCUCAGCUACUUCAAAGACGGCGUGAUUGAGCCGCAAAAUGACAAUUUGGUUCAUCUGCAAUACCUCAUUUCUGUCUACGCAACCAUGUCCCUAGUGGUGGUGAGCAGCCAGAUAUUGCUCAACAACACGCUCAAAGUGGCUGAAGACAUCGACUACUACGAUUCGGUGUCCAACACGGGUUUGAAUGUUUGCUUUUAUGCGGUCCAGACAUUGCCACUGACACUUUCAAAGGCGUUUCAUACGUUGUUGGAAGAGACUGUGCAGAAAAACGUCGACUCUGUCAGUACAGCAGGCACGGUCCCCGAUUGGGUGCCUGAGAAACUGGCUCCUUUGUACGCCACGUUGCACAAAUGGGCCCGAUUUGCGUUUGAAUCGACGUCAAACAAUUUGCAACAGCUGCUGCUCUCGCCAACCACGAUUCUGGUGGCCAAACACCGCAGAAUCAAUGGAAGAGUCGGCCAGUUCGGCAGAUUUGUGUCCACCGUGCUGGGACUGCCGCUCACAUACGCGAGAAUGGAAUUGAAGCAGAAACAGGACGUUUUGGAACAGACCAAGCUUGACAACGUGCAGAAACUAGGGUUUUUGCUCAAAGAGACCCCAUUCAGUUCUCUGACCCAGGACUCUAAUCAUAUCACAGAGUUCAUCCCGAAACUAGCCAACUUAUACUCCGUUUCGGCAAAAGACUUGUCCGAUACGUCACUGGACGCCUCGUUGAAGUCGCUUGCUCUGCUGUGUGACACUAUUCCGUCGUUUAAAACCGAGCUCGAGGCAAAACGAGCAGCUAACCAGGAGCCUCGCAACCUAGUCAAGUACUGGCUCCCGAUCGUGACUGCUGUUCUGUACGGCCCAAAUCUGGUGUACGACUUGGUUUCGAACAGAGAAGCCAUCUUACAGUGGUUCAGAUUGAAUUUGGUGGAAACAACUCUGGGAUUCUGGAACAACUGGAUCGUCGAGCCGUUCAACAACAUCCUCAAGACAAUCAGACACGACGACAACUCCCGCAUUGCCAUUAUGUCCCAGAAAUCGCUAUCGUCUGACUUGGAGUCGCUCGAAAGAAUGGUUCUGGACUAUUCUCUAGAUAACUACUCCUAUGUUGCAGACAAACACACGGGGCUUCCUUCCGACUAUGCACAAACAAUCAAACAAGAGGUCCAACAAGGAAACCUGGAGAUCGUCAUGAAGGGCUACGAGAACGACUUGAAGGCCCCACUGAAGUCGCUGAUUGCCGGAGACAUGAUCCGCAACCUGUUGAUCCAGAUCCAGAAAAUGAAGGUGGACGGCGCACUGGCCAUGUCGGGCAUCGACAAAAUCAUCAGGUCGCAAGAACUGGUUUUCGGUUUUGUUGCUGCGUCGCCAAGCUGUCUCAUCGUCUGGUAUUUGGUCAAGGUGUUCAAUUCUUAUCUCAAGACUGGCUAUUUCAUCAAGUUCACGAAAAAUAAGAAAAUUGCGCUGCGCAAGUCACUGAACGGCCUCGAACGACUAGUCGACCUCGAACUCACCUCCUCGGGCUCCUCAACGUACCUCAACGAAGGUCUGUUGCUGCUGGAGUUGGUCAACCUUCGCAAACUUGGCUUGCAGGUGCUCCCACCCCAUGCCCAACAGGACUGGAUUAGAGACCUGGACGAUCUUUCGAACCAGGACUACGACUAUCACUUCAAACUCAUGACCAUCACGAGAAUAUGGAACAAUUACCGAACAUUCAUAGAAUAA